CUAAUAAACAGUACAUUACCAAUGCUUCCCGGUAUGGAUGUAAUGAGUUCCAGUAAGGAAUUACAUAUUGGUAUCAUCGAACGGGUAUCCAAAACUGAAUUCAACUGGCUUAGACACCGACGUCAAAUUAUUGCUGGGCCUUUAUACGAAUGGCCUUCUAUAACAAUUCCCUAUAUUAUAUGGGGUGGAGAUUGUGAGUUUUUCAAUUAUUUUUUAAAUUCCCAAACUAAGCUUUAG